CGGUAGGUUCGCCGGUGUCGUUCGCGCGAAAACCGUUACUGUGCCAUAUUGCGCGGCAUCGUUGACGCAUCGUGCGAGCGUGUUGUGCGAGCGAUCGUCGGGGACGAUGGCGGAUGACGAGCAGGCCGGGUGUUCGAAUAACGCGCAGCUGUUCCGGAUCGCAAUCUCCCACAGUCUGAGGAGCAUCGCCGAGUCCGUGAGCGAGGACGAGUUCGUCGAGAUACUCUCUCUCACGACCCUCAAAUCCAAGACCGCAAAGAAGCUGCACCAAGCCAUGGUGCAGGAGCUGUACCGCGGCAUGAACGGCGACCUGGAGGCUAUGCUGGACAAGGGCGCUCUGCAAGAUGCUUUCAUUAAGGCCGCUAAACUGUCGGAAGACAGCAUGACGUCUGCUGACGAGAACGCGUGGCGUCCACCGGGAGACGUGGCGUUGCACUUGAGAUCCCUCGACGUACAUACAAUCAAGAAAGCGACAGAAGAACUGGAGGAGCGGCUGAACGAGGUGGAGAGGGAAAAUGACACCCUGAUAAAGACUAUCGCGGACAGUAGAUUGAGGAUACGCACGGCGAACAACAACGUGGCGAAAAUCUUGGAUUAUGCGCCCGUUAUUUUACAACGGUUGGAGAAAACAUAUGAGCAAUUGACGACUUGCUUGAGAGCAAAUGAGAAUUGAUAGCGAAUGACUUCGAGCACGGUCCCGAGGACAUAAUGUACAUAUAUGAUAAAACGCACAUUUUUGUUGAAAUUAGACACUUUUGUCGAGUAGUCACUCGCGUCUCAUGACUCAAAUGUAUUUUCUCCAGACGCUCCCGCAGAAUCUGCUCUUCCAUUCGCGUGUUGUUCAACUCGAACAGCGCUUUGUACCGAUACCGACGCUGCACGUCGGCAAAUCUCCAUCUUCACGUUUCCGUACUUGUCGCACGCAACAGCUUAUCAAUUUUGACUUGUAAUAAUUAACACUUCGCUCCAUCUGAUCAAGUUCGCUAGCGAGGUUAGAAUUACACGCAAAAGAUUUCUGCUUGUACAUUUAUAUCGUUACAUAUCGCUAUGUUGAAUUGUAUUAAGUUAAGUUACUUUAAGUUUAAUUAUACAAAUUCUUUAUUAUUGUAUUA